AUGUCAGAAAGCGACAACAUACUUGACAACACUAUUACUGCUACAACAGAUACUGAUGACUUCAAUAAUCCUUGUUUAGUCAUUCCUUCAGUUGAACAAAGUACUGUCAUGGUUUUAGAAAAAGUUGACAGGAGCUUAGGUAGCCUCACCCUCAACUUAGAGGAAGCAACAAAAUUGAUGUUAAGUAAGCAGGAUUCAGCUUUAGAUAGACAAAUGCAAUUGGUGAUGAACAAUGAGAGGCUGUUAUCUGCUACGAUAGACAAACAAUUAAACAUUAUAAAGAAUCAAGAGCGACUUCUGUCUGAAUCGAUAGAGAGUCAAAAAGAGAUGGUUAGGAGACAAGAAAAACUUUUCUCGGACAUAACUGAAGGGCUCACACAGGUCCUGGAGCGUUCACUUAGUCGAGGGGACAGCCCCAGACAGGUACACGCAUACCAGGACCACAAAACAGAAAUGUUGAACAGUCAAGGGGACAGCCCCAGACUGUACCAACAUGACGAGGAAGGAAAACGACAACACAAUGCUGCAGAAUGGCUUGGGUUUUCAACACCCCAUAGCAAUACAAACACCAAUUGUCAUAGCUCAUCAUAUUCAGGUCAAGCUUUGCAGAGAAACCACCAGACAAGUAAUGGCUUCAGACAACCUACCUCGACUCCCAUACCUGGACCAAGCAACAAACCAUUCCAGCCAUUGCUAGAUACAAUAAACCAGUUCGAGUCUGGCCGAAGCCUAGGAUCUAUGAGCACAAGAAAUGAUUAUAUGCCAAGGCAAAAGUUACCAGUAUUUGAUGGGAGUGGAGACUGGGAAGGAUUCCUUCUAACUUUCAAUAGAGCAGCACAGAGAUAUGAAUGGGGAGAUGAAGAACGCCUUGACCGAUUCAUAGAAUGCUUGAGAGGCCAAGCAUCAAAAUACCUAUGCAGCCUACCAAAAUCUGUUCAGAAUGACUACCCAAAGUUAUUAAAACUUAUGUCAGAUAGAUUCAACCGAAAGGAUCCACCUGCUACUGCAAGAAAACGACUAGAGGAAGUAAGACAGAAGGGAGAAUCUGAUGAUGAGUUUGCCGAGACUGUGCGGCGUUUGGUUUCGCAAGCUUUUCCCUCUGUAAGCAUUGAACUCCAAGAGGAAAUAGCUGCAGAAUCCUUCUUAAAGGGUUAUAAAAAUGCUAAGAUUGGAUAUGAAGCGUUAAACAAAAUGCCGAAAACUAUAUCUGAAGCCUUAGAUGUUGUUAUACAGUUACAACACAACUUCAGAGCUACAAUAGGUCGUGAAAAUGUUCAAUUCCAGCGCCAUUCUAGAAGAGUAUCCUGGCAAGACGACCUCUGUAACAUUGACAGUGAGGAAGGUAGUUCUUGUGAAAAUGUGCGAUCAGUGGCAUCCCCUGAAGCAAAGGAGAAAACACUUAAGGAGGCAAUUCAGGAAUUAAAGGCCUUGAUAGAGCACAGAACAGCAGAAAUGAGAUCAUCUCAAAGGUCUUCAUCCCCCAGAAGAGGUUGUUUUAAGUGUGGAGAAUAUAACCAUUUUCAAAGAGAUUGUCCAACAUCUCCAUUACAAUCUCCUAGAAAAAGCGAAUUAAAUGAGAAGGACACCUCAAAGAAACUUUUUAAGAUUGGAAGUGAAAAUGGGAAAACAAUUAGAGUACCAGUGCAAAUAAAUGGGGAGCAGACUCUAGCAGUGAUUGCUACUGGAGCUGAAGUAACUGUCUUAUCAGAAGACUUUGUGAGAAACAGAAGCUUAGCGUAUUCUGGUGGUAACAAAACAACAACACCGUUAAAUGCAGAAGGUGGCAAUAAGAUGUCUGCAGUUACUGAUGUCGGAGUAAGAGUUGAUCUGGGAAGGUCAUCCAUUGAUUGGAAGGUCUGCAUUGCACCCAUACGUGAUGAGGUGUGGAUCGGGAUAGAUUUGUUGAUGGCCCUUGAUGCUGUUGUUUUGACAAGACAAGGUGAUUUGUUGGUUAGGGGUGAACUCGUAAUUGGAAAUGUGGAUUCACCAAACAAAAUGCAUGUAGCAAGAGUUAGCAUUGAAAAAGAUACCACUCUGCCCCCAAUGAGUGAGACAAUACUAAGUGGAUGUGUUGAUAAACCCGAUCAACAACUAGUGGGAGUACAUGAGCCAGCAUCUUUGAAAAAUGGUGCUCACACUGGAUCCGUACAAUUAAAAAUGAAUGAUCGAAUACCUGUUCGAAUCCUUAACCCAACCCCCCAAGAACUAAAGUUGCCUGCAGGUACACAUUUAGGUAAAUUAGUGGAGGCUGAGACAGAGCAAAACAACUCUUACGAGCCACCUAGUGAUGUGGAAGGUAGUCAACAGGGUCAAGGAAGUGUCGAACAUGUACCAUUACAUUUGGAGAAAUUAAUGGAAAAUACAACAAAGGGAUGUUCAGAGGCAGAGACCAAGGAACUAAAAACAUUGUUACUGAACUAUCAGGAUGUUUUCGCUAAAAAUGCCAAUGAUGUCGGGUGCUUCUCCAAGAUUUCCCAUCAGAUUGUUACAGGAGAUGCGUCACCAGUGCGCCAACCAGUGCGGCGAACACCCUUAGGAUUUCAAGAAGAGGAAGAACAACACUUGCAGAGUCUUCUUGACAGUGGAGUUGUAGUACCUUCAACUUCAGACUGGGCAUCACCUGUGGUUCUGGUCAGAAAGAAAGAUGGCGGAGUCAGAUGGUGCAUCGAUUAUAGAAAAUUGAAUGAUGUCACCAGGAAAGACUCAUAUCCACUCCCUAAUAUUGAAGAAUGUUUAGACACCCUUGCUGGCUCUACCAUUUUUUCAACUAUAGACCUCCAGCAAAGAUAUCAUCAAAUUGAAGUGGAUCAAGCAGAUAGGAGAAAAACAGCUUUUUUAACCCGCUACAGGCUCUUCGAGUACACUCGCAUGCCUUUUGGGCUGUGUGGAGCCCUGGGGACAUUUCAGAGAGCAAUGGAGUGUGUUCUUAAAGGUCUGCAAUGGAAUAUGGUAUUGAUUUAUUUAGAUGAUGUUAUAGUUGCUAGCCGCAACAUGCAAGAGCACAUCAUGCACCUCAAGGAAGUGCUUCAAAGAUUUAGAGAGAGCAACUUAAAGCUAAAGCCAUCUAAAUGCCAUUUUUUUCAGCAAAGUGUAUUGUUUUUGGGGCACCGGAUCAGCGCAGAUGGAAUGGAGGCCAACCCUGAACUGACUCGGGUAGUACAAAAUUGGCCUCAGCCUCAGAGUGUUAAGGAUGUACAAUCCUUUCUAGGACUCACCAACUAUUAUCGCAGGUUUAUUGAUAAGUACUCUGAGAUUGCCGAACCACUGUACCAAUUAACAAAGAAGGGUGUGACAUUUAAAUGGAGAGCUGAGCAACAGAAAACAUUUGAUGUUCUAAAAGAGAAGCUUGUUUCUCCACCUGUUUUGGCUUACCCACUGUCUAAGAAUACAUUCAUUCUAGAUACAGACGCCUCCAACUACUGCUCAAUUGGAGCAGUACUUUCACAGUUGCAGGGUGACUCAUAG